AUGGCUAGAGAGGGUGCUGUUGCAGGUCGUGGACGUAGACGUGGUCGUGGACGCGGACGUGGUCGUGGACGCGGUCGUGGUCGUCGUAGGGACAGAGUCCCAGCAAUUAGUGAGACUGCGGACCAGACAAUGGCUAUUGUGAAAGAUGGUGGUAUAGUUUAUGACUCAACAACCGAAGCCGCCGUUGAUCAUGAUAGCAGUGACGAUGAUGAUGUUGUUGAAAAUGAUGAUAAUGCUGCUGAAAAUGAUAGAGAUGAUGCUGAUAAUGAUGGUGAUGAUGCUGAUAAUGAUGGUGAUGCUGCUGAAAAUGAUAGUGAUGAUGCUGAUAAUGAUGGUGAUGAUGCCGGUGAUGAUGAUAUUUAUGAAGAUGUUGAGGAAGAUGAAUCCCAACCACCGCCGCCAGAGAAAAUGUUCUUUAAGGAAACUGAUAACAACAAGGGUUGUAAGAUAGGAAGCAGAUGUCUUGUGACCCAGACAGUGGAUUACAUAGAGACAUUUGAAGAAGAAGUCAGUUGGUUCAAGAAUCAUUCUCAAUUCAAGCACGUAUUCCACAUGCCUAGGGAGCCAAACCACAUGGUGCAAGUGAAUGGAGUGCCUAUUAGGUAUUCUUCGAAAGAGCAUGCGUUGUUAACCGGGUUUGACUGCCAUGAGUACCCACCGAACUACAAAAAAAAAAUAGGGGGCUGGGAAUUUGCAAGAAGGAUGUUUAAAAGGAUUGACAAAAUUAAAAUUAAAGAUGUGGAAGCGAAGCUGAAGAAAAUGAAGAGUAAGAGCUCAACUGAUAGAGUGAGGAUGAUUAUCUUGUACUUCCUGUGCAAAGUAGUGAAAGCUAGCUCUAAGGGUGAUGGAAACAUAGAGCAGUUCCUUCUACGUGUUGUUGAUGACUUAGAAGAUGUGGAGAAACAUCCUUGGGGCGUUAUUCAUUUGAUGAGUAUUCUGGCAUUUGAGUGUAUUCCACAUCUUGGAAGCAAAUUUAGAGAAGUUGUACCGGCAGAGAGGAAUUGUCCAAGGAUGUGCAAGCACAAGUUCACCGAAAGUUGCAUGAAAGGUUUUACCUUGGAAGAAAUUAAUGCAGCAGUUGGAAAUAAAAUGGCUAUUAUUAGCAUCUUGGAACCAUACAUGGAUGAGAAAAAUCUUUUGAGGCGUAUAAUAGAUGAUGGUUUUGAUGAUGGGAUAGGUUACAAGCUGGACUUGGUUGGUAGAAGUCUCAUUCAAGUCCUUGAGACUGCAAUUGAAAUCCCAGAAAUUGGAAAUGAAAUCCCAGAAAUUGGAAAUGAAAUCCGGGAUAUGGGUGCAUCUAUUAGGUCAUUAAAGGAAGCAAUGGAGAAAGGGUUUGAGGAAAUCACGAAGAAGCUUGCUGGUUUGAAUGAUAUAAUGGAGGUUGUUGAAAUGAAUGUAGCAUUGCAGUUAGAUAAAGAAGCUGAAAGAGUAAUAUAUUGUCAAUACACGCCAAUAAAUUAUGGUCCGGGAACGGCAACAACUUGUGGUCAGGAGACGUCCAAUGACAACGAAAUUGGUCAAGGGACGCCAAAUGACCCCGUCUCUGCAAAGGCUCAUGAGGGUCAGGAAAAGAAUCAAGAGAAGGAGAAAGAGAAGGAUCAAGAGAAGGAGAAUGAGAAGGAUGAAGAGAAUGAGAAGGAUCAAAAGGAAAUGGAGGAAGAAGUGGAAAUUGAGGAACAAGAGAAGAUGAAGGAUCAAGAGAAGAAGAAGGUGAACAUGAAGAAAACGGGUAAAGAAAAGAAUGACAGUGUCACUUUAAUAGAAACUGGGAAGAAGCGAAGAAGGGCACCAUCCAAUCUGCUCAAGACACCAUAUACAAGAGGUGGGAAGAAACAGCGAAAGUAG